GUUAUAAAAUUAUAAUAAAAGAGAAAAAUUAAUUGUUUUAUUUUUUGUGCAAAAAUGUGCUGAACAACAAGAAUUUAUGUGUUUUACUGUGAAAAUGUUCAUUGAAAAAUCUUUACAAUUUCCUCAAAUCUUGGAUUUACUUUAUGAUCUUCAAACAAUUUUAAGCGGAUUAUAUUAAUUUUUGAAGUAUAAUAAUGAUAAUACUACUACUACACCUGCUAGAUAAAACUAAUUACAAUAACAACAUGAUGUUAUUACAAAUCUUAAUAUUUCUAAUCACUUUGUUGAGUUUUCACAAUCCCACUGAGGGAUUUCAUCAACAGCAGCAGCAUCAUCACCAGCAGCAGCAACAUCAUCAGCAAAUGAUUAAUUUAGAGGCUAAUUAUGAAUUAAUUGAAAAUGAUUCCCGUUACAUAUCAUAUCAAGAUCUUAUGACAACAGCCAAACGUUUUGUGGACUCUGACAUAACAGCAUAUUCAGAAUUAUUAUUCGAUGUGGCUAGAAAUCAAAUGAUCGUGGGAGCAAGAGAUAUUUUGUAUCGGAUGUCCUUCGAUUUGGAGCUGCUUGAACGUGCCAAUUGGGAGGCAACAUCAGCGCAAAUCGCAAUGUGUCAGGCAAAAGGCCAAUCAGAGCAAAUGUGUCGUAAUUAUGUGCGCGUUUUGCAAACUUAUGGUGAGAAUCUAUUGUACGCGUGUGGGACGUAUGCCUUCAAUCCAAAUUGUACAUGGCGCCAGAUGGAAAAUCUAACAGUCACUGGUUAUGAGAGUGGUGUGGGAAAAUGCCCCUUCAAUCCCAAAUCAAAUAUAACCAGUCUCAUGACUAAAGAUGACAAAAUGUUUGUGGGCACCACAACCGAUUUUUCGGGCAGUGAUGCCGCUAUUUUGAAAUCUGAUGUUCAACAAAAUGUGCCAAAUUAUCACAAAGUUAUUAGAACCAAACAGUACAACAAUGAUUGGCUGAAUAAUCCUCAGUUUGUGGGCAGUUUUGAGGCUGGCGAGUUUGUUUACUUUUUGUUCAGGGAACCAGCUGUGGAGUACAUGAACUGUGGCAAGGCCAUUUAUUCGCGCAUUGCUCGUGUUUGCAAAAACGAUGCUGGUGGUGAUCAGAUUUUAAGAGAUAAUUGGACAUCAUUUCUAAAGGCCCGCUUGAAUUGCUCUUUGCCGGGUGAAUAUCCAUUUUAUUUUGAUGAAAUCCAAGGCAUGACCUAUUCUGAUGCUGAAAAUGUCUUAUACGCCACAUUCACUACUCCCGACAACAGCAUUCAUGGUUCCGCAGUAUGUGCCUACAAUCUAACCUCGAUUAAUGAAGCUUUCGAUGGUCCCUUUAAGCAUCAGGAACAUAUCGACAAUGCCUGGAGACCGGUAAAUUCCAAACACAAAAGCCAAUUUAAAUGUCAAAUACCCUCAGCAGGCACACGCUCUAAACACUUCUUAGAGUCCUCAAAAUACCAACUCAUGGAUCGUGCUGUACAACCACUAACACAAAAACCUUUAUACUUUACCAAACUAGAAAGAUUUUCACAGAUCGCUUUAGAUGUUUUGCACACAAAAACGGAAAAGGUCAAUGUGUUAUUCAUCAACACCGACAAGCAUAUGAUCAAGAAAUUAUCGUUGAAACAUGAAACCGAAACAUCGCCAGCUAAAACUUGCCUGGUUGAAGUUUGGAAGGCCGAAGAAGAUGUUAGUAUUUUGAAAAUGGAAUAUUUAAAAGUAACCGAUUCUCUGUAUGUGGGUUCGGAGCAGUCUUUAACGCGCAUACCAGCUCAACAUUGUAGUCGUCAUGUUACCAAGGCUUCCUGCUUGAAUGCCAUGGAUCCCUAUUGUGGCUGGAAUGAAUUGGUAGAAAAAUGCACAGCCCAGUAUUUAAGAGAACAAAUUACCAAAUACUGGUUACAGCCAGAGGAAUUGAAAUGUCCGGUUUUAACAGAUGCUGUGGAUGGAGCCUGGUCCACCUGGUCGGAAUGGUAUAAAUGUUCGAAACAUGGUGAAAGUGAUGGUGAUUGCAUGUGCCGAGCAAGAGAGUGCAACAAUCCUAGACCACAAAAUGGUGGCAAUGAAUGCAAGGGAAUUAACACCGAAGUUAGCAAUUGUACGGUGCAUGGUGGCUGGACGGAGUGGUCGGCUUGGUCAUCCUGUUCUCAAACUUGCGGUAUUGCUGUAAAGACCAGAAGACGUUAUUGUGGCAAUCCUAAGCCUGCUUUUGGUGGUCGCACUUGUGUGGGCAACGAAAGAGCUGAAAUGUACUGUAGUCAUUUGCCGCCUUGCCCGGCGCCCAAGCCGGUGGCCAUAGAUGGUGGUUGGGGUCCUUGGGGUGAGUGGAGUGAAUGCAGCGCCUUUUGUGGUGGUGGUUUUCGUAUACGUCGUCGCGAAUGCAAUGAUCCUUGGCCACAAAAUGGUGGCAUGGAAUGCCCUGGUUGUAAUAUAGACUACGAAGACUGUAAUAUGCAAUUAUGCCCCGAGGUGCGAAAACUCAGUGGCUGGACUCCAUGGUUAAUACAACAAAAUAAAACAGAUGAAAGUGAAGGUGCCACAGUGUUGAUGGAGAAACGUUUUCGUUUUGUUUGUCGUGCCAGCACACCCGAUGCCGGUUCAAUGCAUAUAUCCUUGGCAAAAACGGAAAAUCGCAUUUGUCGUGAUGGUGUUUGCCAUCGUCACAAUGAAGCCAAUGUAUUGGAUGAAGCUGAACAUGGUGAAUGGGGUCCCUGUAAUGUGACCUGUGGUGGUGGUGUACAACAUAGAGGCGGUUAUGAUGGCAGUGGCAAACAUCGUGGUAGACAUCUACAAAGUAGAGCUUGUAAUAUGCAUGCUUGUCCAGAACAACCUGCGAGUUUCAACGAAGUUAUAGCUUCACACGAAUGGAGUUGUUGGACUGACUGGUCCCCCUGUUCGGUGACCUGUGGUGUAGGUUUAAAGAGAAGAACGCGUAAAUGUUUGGGAGGUCAUGAAAAAAUGUGCCACGGACGUUCUAUAGAUGAGGAAAAAUGUGAAAUGAAACCCUGUGAAGAUUUCAUCGGUUGGAGUAGUUGGUCCGAAUGGUCGGAUUGCACUAAAGAUGGCAUACGUUUUAGACAUCGCAAAUGUCUGGUGGAAGAGCCCAGUGUAACGGAAUGUCGCGGAGAGGAGUUCGAGAAAACAGCUUGUGUGCCAGGCGAAUGUGAAGGUACACAAAUGGCUUCUACUUCCACUUUGAUUUCCAUUAUCUCUAUAGUGAUAUUACUAUAUGCCCUGACCAUAUUCAUGACAUUCUGGAUGACGCGUCGGCGUUAUUCACCACCCGUAGCACUUAUGAAGAAUAACACACCCUCCCCCACUAGUUACGAUUCAUAUCCCAAUCAGUAUUCAAGUUUACCCACCAAAGAUAUCUACGAUGUCCGGCCCAAAGUUAAAAGACAAUCGAGCUUUAACAUGUGCUCUUCGCCUACUUCGAAAAACUUCAAAACCGGCACCCUGAAUCGCAACAAUAUCGCCCAUAAUCAUACACCCAAGGUAUUGGCCAAAACUUAUAAUGACUGUGAGACUGGUACUCUCAAGCGCAAUUCAAAUGCUUUAAAUAACUAUCGUUCCAAUAUUGAUGAUGAAAAGUUUUAGGUAGUUAAAAUUAUUUAAAGAAAAGAGUCAUUUAAAAUUAGGAAAUGUAAAUUGCAUAUGUCUUAAAGAGAUUUGGAAAGAACUGAAGAAAUAUUUUGAGAAAUUUUCGUUAAAGUGAAAUUUUUAGUUGAAUAUUUUGGAUGUAAGCAAAAAUAAGUUUUUAAAGAAUUCUAAGUUUUUUUCAAGGAAACUUUAUUAGAAUAUUUCGAAAUUAAAAAUUGAUAUACAAAAUUGUAUUCAGGACCUUGACGAAAUCGCGGAGAAAUAGGUUUGUUAAUGGGAAAUUAUUGUGCUUUUUAGGGUAUUUAUCGUAACCAAUUGAAGUUAAUUGACAGCCUUCUAGAAUACAUUAUCUUUAGGUGAACCAGAGCUACUCUUAAUAUGAGCUCCCUGCCGUUAGUUCUCUUACUCUCACUCCCUCGUAUGUUAUCGUAUUAAACGAAGCUAUUCAUCGAAACCAUGAGCAAUUAUACGACAAGAUCAUACUUUUUACUCAAAGAAAUUUUUAAUGAAGAAUGGAAGUAUGAUUCAGUAAUACGACCGUAAAUGACGUUUAAUUUUUUUUAUGCAAAUCAGUAAUUUUUGAGUGUUUUUUAUUCAAAAAAUUUUAAUUUAUUUUCGGCUCGAGUCCGGUCUAAAUCAAGCCUUUAGUAUUACUAGUAAUAGUGUUUCUGAUCUAUACCCAGAUAAUGCCGAUCUCAAUAUCUCACCUUCGUGAGAAGGUUAUAUAUAAGUUUGUCAUUCCAUUUGUAAUUUCCACAAUAUUAUUUUCCGACCCUAUAAAGUAUAUAUAUUCUGGAUCCUUAUAGAUAGCGGAGUCGAUUAAGCCAUGUCCGUAUGUCUGUCCGUUGAAAUUAAUUUUCUGAAGAUCCCAGAUAUCUUCGGGAUCCAAAUCUUCAAUAAUCCUGUCGGACAUGCUUUCGAGAAGUUUGCUAUUUAAAAUCAGCAAAAUCGGUCCACAAAUGGCUGAGAUAUGAAGAAAACACCAGGACAACCUCGAUUUUUGAUAUAUUUUUGACCUAAAUCUGGAUUAUUAAGUCAUUAAUAUAGACAAUAUGGAUAUCUAAUGAUAGAUAUUUCAAAGACCUUUGCAAAGACGUAUAUAAGACCACAGUAAGUUGGACCUACAAUGGGUCAAAAUCGGAAAAAAUAUUUUAUUAACCCGAUUUAUUUUUUCACCAAAAAAUAUUUUAAAAACCAAUAAACUUUUUUAAAAUUUAAAAAAAUAAAACAAAGGGGAAUGAAAAGUCUAUAAUCUUCUGAAGGCUUCGAAAGGCCCGCCAAAAAGAGCUUUAAAAUCAUUGGAGAUGAAAUAGAUUUUUCCAAUUUAAUUUUAACCAUUUUCUGUUUCUCUAGCGGAAAUUAUUUAAUUGACUAAAACCGCGAGAAAUUUUCCGACUUAACGAAAAAGACCAUGAGAGAUUAAGCUAGAAAUAAAGAAAUUAAUCGGAUUUUCAGCAAAAGAUGACAUUUUAUCAAGCAAAUAUUUCCCAUUAAUAGAGACUAUAAACUCCAGCAAAUACAUUUCAAGUAUUAAAAGAUUUUUCGAUUUUUAAAAUAAUACUUCAGAAGAACUACUGAUUUCUCCUCAAUUCCUGUAAUAUUUAAGACAGAAAAGCAACCCCACUAUUUUUAGCCCCCUGGGAAGCUACAAUUUAACAAUGAAUGUACCAUACUGUGCCAUUAUUUAAGCCAGCUUAAGUUAAGACAAGAUUACAAAAUCGCUAUAUUUCAAUAAGAAACCUUCACCCAAAAACAAAAUGGAACGAAUAAUUGUUUAAAAUAAAAGCCUGAUUCAGAACCAAGGAAGGAAAAUUUAUAUAAACAAAUUUUGUUGAGUGAUUUUCAUAAUAAAAUUUUAGGAUCUGUUUCAGAAACACGACCGGAAAACAAUUUAAAAAUUUAUUGUUUAAAAAGCACCCAGUUUUUAAAUAAUUUGUAAGUGUUUUUCAUACAAAAAUUAGAGAAUUGUUUACAGUCGUGCUUCUGAAUCAGCCCCCUUAAAUAUAAUUCAAAGCCCGUGUUUCUGAAUCAGCUUCCCCGUCGUACGAAAUUUAUUUAUAUGACGUAAACUAAAAUUAUAAGAAAACUUUUGACUCAUAUUGAGUUUUUUAUAUAAAUUAAUAUAAAUAUGUAAUUUAUUUUAAGUUAAUUUAAUUCAGUUGUUGAUCUAAAUGUAAAUAAAUAUAAAAUUUUAAAGAAAUUAAAUAUAAAUUAAGACUGACGUAAAAAAAAACAAACUACUUGAUGUCAUUUAAAACAAAACAAAUCAACAACUUCUAACUACCACAAGUGCAAAGAAAUUUUGUAAAAAUUUAAAUAAAAUUUAGAAAAACAAAUUAUAAUUGAAAA